GAUACGACUGUUUAAAUAGAAUAACUCCUCACUACUUGUUUACAGAGAGCUCUUAGUGGAUUUCUGAGCAACCGAGGGCCCGCCUCCUUGUUUAUAAGAUGACACCGAAGUUGUGUUUUUGUUUUGAUGUCUUGUCAAUAUGUAUAAUAUUGACUUUUCUGUUUCAUCUCUUCCUCCAGACCUCCAGCAGUUCAAUAUCUCUGUCUCAGAAGCAGAGCUUCCCCCUGAGCAGCAGCACAGUGAACUGGAGUGGAGACCCAGUCAUGGACAGGAGGACCCAGAGUCCACGCAGAUUAAAAAAGAACUGGAGGAAAUCUGGAGCAGUCAAGAGGAAGAGCAGCUUCAAGGGCUGGAGGAAGAUAACAGUGACUCUACUCCUGCCUUUGUACAAAAUAACCAUUAUGAGGACCCAACUAAGCCCUCAUAUUUUUAUGAAGCCCACAAGGAAGAUAAAGGUGUCAGAGACCCACUACCCAGUACUACAACUGAACAGAUCAAAACAGAACCUGAUGUAGAGGACUACAGAGAAUCCGAACCAACCAGUGUCCCUCAACACCCCACCAUAGUAAAUCCAGAAUGUUCUGCAGCUCAGAGUGAAAUGGGGGUUGUAGGUAGUACGGAGAAACAUUUUAAUCAGGUCCAGUCAAAGAGAACAAAUAUGUUAAAAGGACAAGUCUCACAUAUUAAUACUACGGGUUCCAAAUGCUCAGAUUUAUCUCUCCUGAAAUCACCCAGUCAAAUGAAUGCUACUUCCUGUUGUAAAGUGUGUGGCAAGUCAUUUCAUCACAUGGGUUCAUUAUUUAAACACGUUCAAACACAUACAAAGGAAAGAGAAGGUGGUGUUUGUGGAAAUACAUUUCAUCCUGCAACAAAUAUGGAAGCCCCCACCCCAACUCACACUGCAGCUAUGUUUUGUUGUCAUGUAUGCGGUCAAUGGUUCAGCAAGAACAGUACAUUGCUUAUGCACCUGAGGAGCCACACUAGGGAGAAAUAUUUGUCUUGCCCUGUUUGUCGUACGUGUUUCAAGCAAAGUGGUAAUCUGAAAAGGCACAUGAGGAUUCACACAGGGGAGAAGCCCUAUUGUUGUUGUCAUUGUGGCAAAGGAUUCAACCAGAGUGGAAGUCUAAAAUCCCACAUGAGGAGCCACACAGGAGAGAAACCGUUUCAGUGCACUGAUUGUGGUAGAGAAUUCAGCAAUAGUAGCAAUCUAACAAAACACACCAGGAUUCACACGGGAGAGAAGCCAUUUUGCUGUCCUGAAUGCGGCAAAUCAUUCACACGGAGUGGACAUCUGAAAAAUCACAUGGCGACUCACACAGUGGAGAAAUAAUUUCAAAGCAGGCUUAUUUUUAUACAUUCAACUCUUAAUUAAACUCUAGGAAAUACAGUAUCUCACAAAAGUGAGUACACCGCUCACAUUUUUGCAAAUAUUUUAUUUUAUCUUUUCAUG